ACAGUAUUUAAAGUUUAAGUAACUAAAAUUUCGAAACUCCAACACCACGAGCAAUCUCGCCGCCGCCUCCGUCGUCUUCAUUUUCAAGUGCGGUCUUGUAUCGUCUCAUCUCUAUCGUUUUGAUUUAAACCCUCGGGCGUUUGACUGCGCCUCCACGACGGUUUUAUCAACCACCGCCCUUCCCUUAUUUAAAGUCACGACGGGUACUGCACCUGCCGUUCACCAUAAAACCAUCCUAAAGGUUAAAUUUAGCUUCUUUCAUUUGGUUUUGUUGCUUUGGGAAUUAGGUGGAAGUCUAUCUUACUCCUUCUCACUUGUAAAUUUGAACCUUCAGGUUGAGAAUUGGAAAUUUUUAGGUUGAUAAUUUUGUAAAUAGGAAAACAAUGAGUAAUUCACAUGCUCAUGAUGAUGAUGAUGAAGAAAACAAUGAUGUUUUCCUUGACGACUCUGAUAUCAUCCAUGAAGUUGCCUUAGACGAUGAAGUUCUUCCCGAAGCUAGUGAUCCCCAUCGCGACUCCAAUUCGGACUCUGAUUCCGAAAUUGAGGAGGUGGAUGACUCUGAUCACAUAUUCACCGGCCAUGCUGGGGAAUUAUAUUCAGCUGCCUGCAGCCCGACAGAUGCGGCACUGGUGGCAACAGGAGGUGGCGAUGAUAAAGGAUUUCUCUGGCAGAUCAACAAUGGAGAAUGGGCUUCUGAGCUUAAAGGUCAUACCGAUUCUGUAUCUAGUUUAGGUUUUAGCCACGAUGGAAAGUUCCUGGCAACAGGAAGUUUUGAUGGAACUGUUAAAAUCUGGGAUGUAGCUGGAAAUCUGAAAGGCACGCUUGAUGGACCUGAAGGGGGCGUUCAGUGGCUAAGGUGGCAUCCUAGAGGAAACGUACUCAUUGCUGGUUUUGAUGAUUCCUCCACGGUUUGGAUGUGGAAUACGGAUAAUUUUUCCUUCCUUAUGUCAUUUAAUGGUCAUGCUAGCAGCGUGACAUGUGGUGAUUUUACUCCCGAUGGGAGAAUAAUAUGUACUGGUUCUGACGAUGCAACCUUGAGAAUAUGGAACCCAAAAACUGGAGAAAGCAUUCAUGUUGUUCGAGGUCAUCCAUACCAUACCGAGGGAAUAACAUGUUUAGCAAUAAAUUCAACUUCAACUAUUGCUCUUACUGGUUCCCAGGACGGAUCUGUGCAUUUUGUGAAUAUCACUACUGGAAGAGUUGUUAGUAGUGUGCCUUCUCAUUCAAGUUCCAUUGAGUGUGUUGGGUUUGCACCAAGUGGUACUUGGGCUUUAAUUGGAGGCAUGGAUAAAAUGACCAUCUGGGAUAUGGAGUAUUCCUUAGCCCGAAGCACUUGUGAGCACGAGUAUGGAGUAACAUGUAUGACAUGGCUUGGUGCAUCAAAUGUUGCUACUGGAUCUAUGGAUGGAGCUGUGAGAUUAUGGGACAGUCGGUCUGGUGAAUGUGUCAAAAUGUUCAGAGGGCACUCUGAAGGCAUUCAAACUCUUUCUUUGUCUGCAAAUCGAGAGUACCUUGUCUCGGCUUCUUUAGAUCAUACGGCCCGUGUUUUUGAGGUUAAAAAUUACUGUUAAGCAGAGCCUCUUGUUCGAUUACAUAAUAUGGGGUUGUCAAUCACCUAAUCAAAGCCCUUGUUUCUCUUCACACCCCCAUCUAUACGUCCUCGAGAGGACGCAAAACUGUUGAGAUGCCAUUCAUACAUCGGGAAAAAUCUAUAUUUACGAGGUACUCGCCAGGUAACGAAGCUUAUGUCAGGUCAUUUUGUUCCUUUCUAGACCUGGUAUCAAGUGAUUUUAUUUGUGUUCAAAACUCCAGCUACGGGUUAUAUGUUAACAAAUGUUCUAAAAUCAUUAUUUAAGUACUUGAUUCGAUUUCACAAAGCAUCUGAUGUGCAUUUAAUAUAACCAGCAGCAAUUUUGUUUGAGUUAA